AUCAAUGUGCUUACACAUAUUGGAAGACAUAAUUUGAGGAUAUGUGUUUACAUAUAUAAUUUUGGAAGACAUAUAAUUUGAGGCUUACAAUUCAAAUAAGUAAAGAAGAAAAAGAAACAAAAAAAGACAUUGGUACACAUCAUAUUGAUUAUUGUGUGUGUAUAUAUAUACAUAUAUAGAUGGAAGUAUACUAUACACUACGCCUUCAUGAUAUUAGUCUCAGGUUGUGAAUGAAUGCGUUAUCAAAUAUUCAUGCUACUCACCAUUGCCAUUGAUCCUUUUCAAUUUCACUCUCUUUUGAUUUAAGCUCUCACACACAUAAUCCUCAUUCAUUCUUCUUCCUCUUUUUGAGCACAAUAUAUAUAUAGUCUUCAAGUUCAACUUUUAUUAUUGCAUGCUUUGAAAAUUAAAGAAGAGGAAAAAAGAACAUCAUAUAUGUUUUGUAUGUUAACAUCAUAAUCUCCUUCAUUGGUCUGGCUUUGAAUCUGAGGCUUAUGAUUAAAGGGUUUUCUUUUAAUUUUUCUUGGUUGACGCUGUUGGGUCAUUUUUAUUUUCUUUCACCUGCCUUGACUCGUCUGAGUUUUCCAUUUUGAGUUUUGUAAUGGGACCCAUUAGAGGGUUAAAGAGGAAGAAGAACCAUGAGAAGAAGGCUGACAAGGAUGUGUUGGUUGUUGCUCUGGGUUCCCAACUGAAUCCCAAGGAUUGGUGGGACGACUUUUCUAAGAGGAUUAUUACAGGGCCAUCAUCUCAAUUAAAGAAUCCAGUGACAUUUGAAUCUGUUUUCAAAAUUUCAAGAAAGACAUUCAACUACAUCUGCUCACUUGUAAAGGAAGAUAUGAAGGCUAAGGCAUCAAACUUCAGUGAUUUGAAUGGUAAGCAUCUGUCUUUAAAUGAUCAAGUAGCUGUUGCUCUAAGAAGGCUGAGCUCUGGUGAAUCGUUAUCUAGUGUCGGCGAGUCAUUUGGAAUGAAUCAGUCUACGGUUGCUCAGUUGACUUGGCGAUUUGUGGAAGCAAUGGAAGAAAGAGGGCUUCACCAUCUUUGUUGGCCAUCAAGUGAACAAGAGAUGGAAAAGAUAAAGGCCAACUUUGAAAAAAUACGCGGUCUUCCAAAUUGUUGUGGUGCAAUUGACACCACACACAUCAUGAUGACUCUGCCUACUACUGAUCCACAUAAUGAUGUGUGGCUUGAUUGUGAGAAAAACUGCAGCAUGAUCUUGCAAGCAAUUGUUGACCCUGAAAUGAGAUUCAGGGACAUAAUUGCCGGAUGGCCUGGAAGUUUUAGUGAUGCUGUUGUGCUUGAAAGCUCAGGGUUUUUCAAAAUGUCUGAAGAGGAGACAAGAUUGAAUGGCAAGAAGCUAACCCUUCAAGAUGGAACCGAGAUAAGAGAAUAUUUAGUAGGAGAUACAGCAUUCCCUCUUUUGCCAUGGCUGCUUACUCCAUACCGUAGACGAGGCCCACCAGAUUUUCAGUCCGAGUUUAACAAACGGCUCUCCGCUACACGAAUGGUGGCACAGAGGGCAUUAGCAAGGUUGAAGGAGACUUGGAAGAUAAUUCAUGGAGUUAUGUGGAAGCCUGAUAAGCAUAGAUUGCCGAGAAUCAUUCUUGUUUGCUGCAUACUCCACAACAUUGUUAUAGAUAUGGAAGAUGAUUUGCAAGAUGAUGUGCCAUUGUCUCAUCAUCAUGAUUCAGGCUACCGACAAUUAACAUGCGAAUCCGCUGACAAGUCUGCCUUGAUUCUUAGAGAGAAGCUUUCACUACAAUUGGCAGGAAAAUUACAUCUCGAGAAAAAACUUUCGGUCGUUGGGAAUGGUUAUCUUUAAUCUAUAUAGUUCAUUUGUGAAGUGUUGACUUUGUGUUGUUUAGGUGAAUAGGAACUUUUAUAGUUAUUCGUUUACAGAUAUAGCUUUAUCUCGAACAGGAAUCUGCUUAGAAAAGAAGAUAGUUUUGACAUUUAACUUCUGUCUCAUAGUGACUUUUUAUAGUAAUUCGUUGAAUCGUUGUCUUGCACACCAGUCAUUUUCCAGCUUCAUUUUAUUAUGGUCAUGCUAGAAGUUGAGUUCAAUCAUCUAACUGUUAAUUUAACUAGAGAAACUGUAGCAAAACCCAUCAACAAGACGUAUGAUUUACCUUAUUUUAUAUUGCUUUUAUCAUUGGUAGCUUUAAACCGGUACACGCACAUAAAAAACAGGGGUCACAUGCGUUCUUCACGAUGGAAUGAUUAAAGAAACAUGGGGCAAAUCCAUUGUUCUCUUUCGGCCACCGUUACCAAAACAACCUUUUUAUUUUUUUUUGAAGAAAUAAACAUUUUAGCUAUUAUAAAAUUGACAAUUACUUCCAAUUAUUGUUUGACAUAUUUUGUGCCUAAUAAUAUACAAGCGUUGUUAAUGCGUACGUGGGGUAAGCAGACAAGAUUAACAAAUGACUAAAAAAAGGACAAUAACGUCAAACGGUUAAGUACUUCAGUUAAGAAAUCUGGUCUUUGUAGCUUCCUAAAUACCCUACUUUCAUCAUAUAACAUACCUUGGGGUAGGAAAUUAGAAGCAUAGGAUAAUAAGACAAGUUUUAUAGGACUAAAAAACUAGAAUUCAUAAAUUUUGUUCAAGCAAUGAGGUGUUCCAAUCAAUUUCCACGCAAAACCAAAAAUGAAAUAAAUUUCUGAUGAGGAAGGAAAGUUAAAUUUCAACCUCUUUCUUACAGGUAGCAAACUACAGCAAAAGCUACCGUAUAAUAUGCAAACUGGUUCCCAAUAAGCCACCACAUGAUAUUAGUUUGUAUAUCAAACCCAAAUGAGGCACGAACAAAUCCACAUUACAAAUCACGUCAUAAACCCAAUAUUAAUAGUAAAACACAAAUUCAUGUCUCAUACGCUAUAGACAUUUCACAUUGAAACAAAAAGAAGAAGAAAAAAAAAAGGAAACCAGAUAGUAAGGAGGAUUCUCCAAUUGCAUAGUUUUCAAUUUUCAGGCUUUUCCAGAGCGGCUUUUAAUAACAUCGAUAUCCAUCUCAGAUGGGUCAGUUGCUUGCAACUCAAUCUGAAUUCCAUCCAACUCUCUCUUGAACCUGUCCUUGGAGCUAGCAUAAAUCAUCUUGCUUCUCACCUUUGCUGUGUCAGGGGA